AACCAAUCAAGCCCUGCGGCCAGUAGCUUAAUAUUUCCUCAACCUCGCCAAUGGUAAACGUUCAUGCCAGUCUUCAGUAACGAAUAGUAUAGGUAACACGUAUUCAACGGACAAAGUGUAGCAUCUUGGAUCAGAAUAUAUAGUUCAAAGGGCGCAGCUUUUUACACACAUUCAUCUUGUGAUUUCGAUGCCAUAGGCCGCUCGCAAUUACAGUCGAGUCGGCCGAUGAGAAGCUAAAUAUCUGCAUUUACUUACCUGUUAUUGUACCUGGAUACCGAGUUCUCCCAUCCACGCAUUCACUUGCUCAUUCAAUCGAGCUCAGCGCGCAACAUGGCAGCACAAGACGUCGAGCAUGACAUUGUGUUGUACGACUUGGCUUGCACCAAGAAUGUCUGCUUCUCGCCUGUCGUAUGGCGCAUCCGCAUGAUGCUCAACUACAAGCAAAUUCCGUACAAGACCGUCUUCCUCGAGAUGCCAGACAUCGAGCCUACACUGAAAGAGCUAGGUUUGCCCCCUCACGAUCCUGCUACAGGAAAUACAAAGGACUACACGGUCCCCGCCAUCUACCAUGUACCGACAAACAAAUAUGUCAUGGAUUCACCUGCCGUCGCCAAGUUCAUUGAGUCGACCUAUCCUGAUCCGCCUGUGCAGCUCGACUCAGAGCUAGGCACCCAGAUCAUGCUCAAAUUACGCGCAGAAGUUGGCCCAACUGUCCAAAAAUCAAUAAUGCCGCGCGAGGCUCUCAUCUUUUCUCCUCGCGCAGAAGCGUACUUUCGACGCGCUCGUGAGGCUCGGGUUGGCUGUCCACUGGUAGAGCUGCUCGAGGGCGAAGAUGAGGCAUGGGAGGCGUUGGAAGGCAAUUCAAAGACUAUUGGCGCUUUGAUGCGCACAAAUAAGGCUAAUGGGCCGUUUAUUCUCGGUGCCCGGCCGAGCUUGAUGGACUUUUUCGUUGCAGGAUCUAUCCAGACCGCCAAGGUGAUUGAUGAAGGCGUGUUCCAGAGGAUUUUGAAGCUGCCUGGGUAUUUGGAGAUUUACGAGGCAUGUCAGCCUUUUAUGCAGAAGAAGGAUUGAGUUUGGAGACUGUAGAUUGGACAGAGUGACUGUCCAUAGAGAAUGUAUGAGAUGUAACCAGACCAUGUCAUUCUGUUAUACCACAGCCAUUCGACAGACCAUAAUGGUCGGCGCUUGUUUUUGCCUGUUUCCUAUCCGCCAUCUAGUAAAUGCGGCUCAGUUGAGCAUAUGGAUAAUAAAUGAGGAGGAAACAAUUGAACUUGGCUUAGCUGGCGUUUGGGACCAUAUAUAGCUUUGUGCACUGCUCUGAACAUGACCAGAAUUGUUGCG